GACAGCGUACUUAUCCAAGUAAGCACUUGUUUAGGAGUGACUUGUUUUGAGUAAACACACACAGCACACUUGAUUUUCGCCGCGUAUAUAGUGGAUCGAGUUAUAUUAUUAGUUACAUUAGAAAUCGAAAAAUAAAAAUUGUGUUUCCAUGGCUUUUGAAGAUCGUUCGAGUCCAAAUGCGGCUCCCAGUCCGGAAACAACUGAUAACAACAUGACCAUCAACUCACCAAAUUCCCCGGAAUCCACAAGAACAUCACCCUACACUUGCACCACCAUCACCCAACAAGAAGGUACCAAUAGAAUGUUUUUGGUUAACUCAAAUUCCACACAACAAAAAAUCAAUCAUCAAAAUUUCUUUAGUAUCGCCUCGUUUUUAUCCAGUCCGAAAAGUAAUCACGACGAAUCUUUGUCCGUAUCCCCAUCAACAUCACCAUCAAUAACACCAACGACAACCCCCAUGUCAACCCCAUCGACAACUCCAAUUUCAACCCCAACAGCAACAGAAAUUAAAGAAACAUUACCAAAACCAGGAAUUUUCUCCCAAUUUCUUUCCAAUGAGAAACGAGAGUUUCUCUUCAGAGCCAGUUUACCAUUUCCUUCAUAUCCAAGAUCACCCAGUACCGAUUCGAUGGUUUCUUACAACCCCUCGGAAUCAUCAAACUCGCCACCUCCCCAAAAAAAUGACGAAGAACCAACGAUCCAGACGCUAAAGUAUUCAAUCAGAAACAUUCUUCAACCGGAUUUUGGAAAAUCCGCUGUACAAAAAAUUAAGACAUCUCCAAAAAUCAGUUUUAAACCAUACGAAAAUGAAAAGAAAACACAAGCACCGUUAGGAAGUUUAUGUCAGACGGUUUCACAAAUUGGUAAAGUCCAAGAUGUGCCAAGAAUUAAAAGCCCGGAAAGUAAUAAAUCGAUGACGUCUUCUGGGGAAGAAGGUGGCAAAAGCGAGGAUGGCAAGGUUCCUCCUGUUUGGCCCGCUUGGGUGUAUUGUACGAGAUAUUCUGAUCGACCCAGUUCAGGUAAGAAUCGAAAAAAAAUUGUUCUAUUUUUAUUCGAUUGGUAACACUAAAAUUGAUCACUUGUGGUGAUAAAAUUCUAUUGAAAUUGGUAUAAAGAUACACGUAAGGAGAUAAAUUAACACUAUUAAGGCAGCAAAAUGGCAUUUACAUUAACAUUCUAAGCGGUUAUUGUUCUGAUUCUUGUGCAACUCCAUUUACCAAACGACCAAUAAUAUUGUUUUUCAAUUCACGAUAGAGUGAAAAUUGCACAAAAUGCUUAUCUUAACAGCAUUCCACUGUGUACAUGUGGGUAGUAAUUUUGCUUUAACAAUUGACAGGUUUUUGAUUAAAUCACGCGAGAACAUUUUACAUAAUCUCAUAAAAGUAAAAAUAGGCAAGAAAAGAUUUCAAAAAAAUUAAUAGUUUUAAUUAGAGAGGUCAAAAAUAGAUUUGCAAAGAGAUUAUCUUAUUUUUGCACAAAUUGUCAAUCACUUUUAAAAUUUGUUACAAGUUCAAAGUUUAUAUACGUUAUUUUUGUAUCGAUUGAUUUAAUCGCUUAUUUUUAUUACACUCAUCUUCAUUAAUCGAAAAUAUCUGCAAAAAAAAACGAUACUACCGGAGAUUAUAACGUGAUA